CCCCUCCAAAUCAUUGGAUUCAGGUAUUCCAAUCACCUCCAUGGCCACAGGUGUAUAAAAUCAAGCACCUAGGCAUGCAGACUGCUUCUACAAACAUUUGUAAAAGAAUGGGUCGCUCUCAGGAGCUCAGUGAAUUCAAGCGCAGUACUGUGAUUGGUUGCCACCAGUGCAAUAAGCCCAUCCGUGAAAUUUCCUUGCUAAUAAAUAUUCCCCAGUCAACUGUUAGUGGUAUUAUAACAAAGUGGAAGCAACUGGGAACAACAGCAACUCAGCCA